AUGGCUGAGGUCAAUAUUACGGGCCAACAGGUCUGGGGAAGGGUGGAGUGGAACGAAGAUCAGAGCGUGGUUGACAGCGAUCGGUUGAUCUACCCGCCAAGCGAUCGCUUAAGUUGGUUGGAACGACAUCUUAUUUUCUCGGCUCUGGUCGCAAGCCAGACAUCAUCAUCGUUGAUUGUUGAAAGCGCCCCUGGAGAUGUUGUUCGAAUAACAGUCAUCAAUGAUAUUAUUCCUUUUUCUUCUUUCCAUUUCCCCCAGAUGGGGCCCGAGAAAAGUUCGUGGGGAAGAUGCUCCGGGCUCUCAUCAAGGACAUAUCCCGAGGCUUGA